AGUUUAUCAAAAAGUAGCGUGGUUUUUGUUCCAAGAAAUUCGUCAUCUAUCGACAGGUUGAUGUAUUCAACAAUUUCAGUGAACACUACUACAGCUGCAUUCUCGACCCACACAGAACUGCAUAUAAAUCAGACGAUAUCAUCCAGCAAAUCAACUUUAGCUCCAUCGUUUAGUCGAACACAAAGCUUAAAUUCAAGCACUCCAACCGUUCCCUUGCAUACUAUGAGUACGUCCUCAAUUCCAACAGGGAUGGCGAAUUCAAGCUCGCAAGCAUCCUCCAUCAGCACGACAGCGCUUUCCUCAACACAUUCUGACAACGCAACCUAUAGCACAACUGUAAGAGCAACAGAACGUGCAAUUCAAACAACUCAAUCAUCAAAUAACUUUUCCACAAAUAGCACCACGACAUCCUCCUUGACGUUUUCAUCGCUCAUAAUCAAUGCAAGUACAGCGGAGACCAAAAGAACAAAUCUAACAUCGAUCAAUUCAACCACGUUGCAAAUUAUAAAAGAAUCGUCAACUAAAGUAAUUAAACCUACAUCAGUUGUGUCCAGUGUUCUAGCUUCAAGUACAGCGAGUCCACCAAUUGCUUCAUCCGAGAAGCGUAUCGUGGCAUUAAAUGUGACAAUUGUUAAUAAGGUGUAUACGAGUCCACUGGCCAACAAGUCGUCAGAGGAGUAUAUUAAACUGGCGAAGGAAGUGAAAGAUACGUUCGAGUUCUUAUUUCGAAAUACUCCUGGAUUUCUCGAAGUUGUGAUCCUUGGAUUUAGGAAUGGAAGUGUUAUUAUAGAUUCCUAUGUACGCCUGCAACAAUCGUCAAAUACCACAGCAACAGAAUUAGGAAUGGUAAUCACUGCAAAUCCGAAUACAACGAACUUAACAUUUACAGACAUCAAUGUCGAAGAACUUUGUACUUCUGGCUAUUGUUCGAACCAUGGAACGUGCAAGAAAAUUUCCAAAACCCAGUUAGAAUGCAGUUGUAACACCGAUUAUACUGGGCCAAGAUGCAGUUCAAAACUGAUAGUCUUAAAGCCGCGCGAUGAUGACGAUGAUGAUGAAUUUGAUGAAUACUGGAUCGCUAUUGGUGUCUGCAUUGGUUUAUUUGUGUUAAUUGUUAUACUACUUAUAUUUCUGGCAUUAAGAAGACGUCGCAAAUAUUAUGUCACAAGAGAAAGUGUUAUGUCAAUUGGUCGUACUUCGGGCGAUGUCUUCUUUAACCCGGCGUUCGGUCACUCCCGGGAAUAUCUCGCAGAUGACACACAGAAGCCAUCGUGGGCAUCGAGUAGAUCCUCAUUGUCAACAGCGGGUAGUGAUUCAGGUCUUUAGACGAGCAAUGUUUGGGACCGCUAAACUCAAUCAGUUGGCUUAUCGUCCAGAGACAAAACAACCAAAUUUGACUGGUUAAAUAAUGGCUAAUAACCUAGCAUAAAGAUCAUAAUUAUGUCGUUAACCUUGCAACCACCAGCAAAAACCUAGUUUAAUAAUUCCCUUGAGGUAUUGUCGAUUGUGCUCGAGUUGAAACUUCAACCAAAUGCGAUAAACCGUACCAGCUCGAACUUCCACACCUCGACAGAUAGUAUAAAAUAAAAAUAAGGAUGCUCGUGUUCAAGCUAUAUUUAUACUAUACAGACACGUUGUUGCUACCCUACUAAAAUAAAGUUCUAUCAUAUCGUAUAAAAUUAAUGUGUUCUGCAACGGUAUGCUUGCAAAAAUCUCUGAGCAGAAAGGGAAUGUUCCGUGCACCACAAUGCAUACGAUCAUAGUCUUUUUUUUGUCCGUGCGAAAGAAAAGUUAUCCAUCUGACAUAAUAUACUACAAUUAGUUGUACUAUCUUCGACAGGAAGGGCUCUUGCUGUAAUUUUUAAGUACCUAUAGAUUGAUGUAACUUAAUGAGAAGUUAUUAUUUUUUAAAAUAUUUCAUUAAAACAACGUGGUUGAUGUACCUUUUAUUAAUAUUCAUAUCCA